UGCUUUCAAAACAGGAAUUCUCGUGACAAUGGAAAUUGCAAGUGAUCUUUUGGAUGGUCAAGGCCCAAUUUAUAGAGAAGAUACAGCAGUAUUUGUCAGUCAGUCUGGUGAAACAGCAGAUACCUUACAUGCACUGGAAUAUGCUCUCCAGAAUGGUGCAUUAUGUGUAGGAAUUACUAAUACUGUUGGCAGUGCAAUUGCCAGCAAUACACAUUGUGGUGGUGUCCAUAUAAAUGCUGGUGCUGAGAUAGGUGUGGCAAGCACCAACGUGAGAGAGUACCUUUUAACAUUCUGUUGCAGAAAUGGUCCUCUCUUCUUCAAGGUUACAAUUAUGCCACAGAUGCUGCAGCUGUGUCUCUUUGUGGAGCAUGUAGAGUCAUUGAAGUUCCUCAGGUGGCGGACUGUCUUCAACCUGUAGUCAAUAUGGUUCCUUUGCAG